CGAUUGGUUCAGCCUGUUAGCUGCACGUUCCUCCGUAGCUAGGGCCGGUAGUUUAGCAUCCAAAAUUAACUGUUUAUUAUUAUUAAAGUUGGUUUUUAAGGCUUAGUUUUUUUUUAGCUGUAUUACCCGGUUAAUAAUGGCGGGAAAUAAUGUAAAGCUGUCUAAAAAUCUGCUGCGGAUGAAGUUCAUGCAGAGGGGGCUGGACGCUGAGACGAAGAAGCAGCUGGAGGAAGAGGAGAAGAGGAUCAUCAGUGAUGAACACUGGUACCUGGACCUGCCAGAACUCAACGCUAAGGAGAACCUGAUCAUAGAGGAGAAGAGCUUUGCGCCGUGUGAGGAGCUGCUCUUCGGCCGCCUGUCCUUCAAAGGAUUUAACCCAGAAGUGGAGAAACUGAUGAUUCUGAUGAACCCUAAAGAGGAAGACGAGGAAGAGGAGGACGUGAGCCGCAUGCAGACGGAUGUUACAGAUGAAGAAAUGGCUCUGAGGUACGAGGCUUUAGUGGAAUCCAUGAAGAAGAAGUUUGCUAAAAAGCGGGAGCGAGCGGCGCUGGAUGAGGAUGACGUCAACCAGAACGUUGUGGAAACGACGAAUAAACGAGGGUUUUUGAAACCUGCACUGGACUGAACCGGAACUGAUCCAAACUGAGCUUUACACAGAUGUGAUCAACAUGUAAAGUUUACAGUCGUGUAUUUUAUUUUAUUACUGGACCUUCUGCUGCUACUGUUCAGGAGGUUAACAGUUUCCAGUCUUUGUACUAAGCUAACUAGCUGUGGACCAAGACCAUCAGAGAUGGAAGAACCGGACCUGACUGAGAACAGGUCAGACUGGAGAACUGAGUGACAGGAAGUUGGUGGUUGAAUUUCCUUUUCAGUGGAUCAACAGUAAGACAGUAUGUAG